AUGUCCGCCCCGCGCCCGGGCCACGUCAGCCCGCCAGGAGCGGCGGGGGCGGUUGGACUCGGACUACAACUCCCAGCGUGCUCUGUGGCGGCAGGACUACAACUCCCGACGUGCUGUGUGGUGGGGGGACUGCAAUUCUCCGUGUGGCGGGAGCCCCGAGCCGUCAGCGCGGAGCCCUCAGCCCUGGCCGAGCAGGUCCCUCCGAGCGCGGGCCGCAGCCCGCCCCGCCACCCGCCGCUGCGGGCCCUGCCCAGGAGGGUCUCGGCUGGCGGCCGGCGGGGCGGCACGGCCGGGUUCAGGGCACUGGUCUCAUCUCCAAAGUCCUUCCAGCCUAAUGGAGCCAGCGAAGAAGCCCUGCGGUGUGAAAUCGAAGAGCUGAAACAGAAAGACCUUGCUCUAGACCAGGAAAUUGCACAAUUAUUGUCAGAGGGCUACAGCCUGGAGGAACUGGACAAGCACAUCUCUCUGCUUCAUGAGUACAAUGAAAUCAAAGAUGCUGGGCAGAUGCUCCUGGGCAAGUUAGGUAAGGAAGGGAAAGUUGUUCAAGAACUUUUUAGCCAGUGUUUUCAUACAGGGAGAAGAAGCUGCUACCAUGGAGGCAAAGCUUGUGUAACAGAUUCUUCACUUUAGAAAAAAGUGUUUGGGCAAGCAGGAGGCACAGCUCAAAACCUUGGUUUUCUUGGCUAUGGAAUGUGCUAUGGGGUAAUUAUGGGAGAAAAGCACCACG